AUGAUUUGUGCUAGAGCCACAGCUGUGAAUCUGAUUACCUGUGAAGAAGACAAGCACGGACACAGGUCCAGGCUGAUCCCCAGCGGCCUCCCCCGGAAAUGCUCCGUCUUCCACCUCUUUGUUGCCUGUCUCUUACUGGGCUUCCUCUCCCUGCUCUGGCUGCAGCUCAGCUGCUCUGGGGAUGUGGCCCGGGCAGCCAGGGGACAAGGACAGGAGACCCUGGGCCCAUCCCGGGCCUGCCCACCAGAGCCACCCCCUGAGCACUGGGAAGAAGAUGAAUCAUGGGGCCCCCACCGCCUGGCAGUGCUGGUGCCCUUUCGAGAACGCUUCGAGGAGCUCCUGGUCUUUGUGCCCCACAUGCACCGCUUCCUGAGCAGGAAGAAGAUCCAGCACCACAUCUAUGUGCUCAACCAGGUGGAUCAUUUCAGCCUCGGUGCCCUGCACAGGUUCAACCGGGCAGCACUCAUCAACGCGGGCUUUCUGGAGAGCAGCAACAGCACAGACUACAUCGCCAUGCACGACGUGGACCUGCUCCCUAUCAAUGAGGAGCUGGACUAUGGCUUCCCAGAGACCGGGCCCUUCCAUGUGGCCUCCCCGGAGCUCCACCCGCUCUACCACUACAAGACCUACGUCGGUGGCAUCCUGCUGCUUUCCAAGCAGCACUACCAGCUGUGCAACGGGAUGUCCAACCGCUUCUGGGGCUGGGGCCGUGAGGACGACGAGUUCUACCGGCGCAUCAAAGGAGCCGGGCUCCAGCUUUUCCGCCCCUCGGGAAUCACAACUGGGUACAAGACAUUUCGCCACCUGCAUGACCCAGCCUGGAGGAAGAGGGACCAGAAGCGCAUCGCGGCUCAAAAACAGGAGCAGUUCAGGGUGGACCGGGAGGGAGGCCUGAGCACUGUGAAGUACCGCGUGGAUUCCCGUACAGCCCUGUCUGUGGGCGGGGCCCCCUGCACCGUUCUCAACAUCAUGUUGGACUGUGACAAGGCUGCCACCCCCUGGUGCACAUUCAGCUGA